AAAUGGCCACUAUUUAUAGUAGCGCCCCCCUAAUGCGUCAGGCCGAAAGUGGGUUGAACCGAGAAAUAACAUUCAUCCUGCCACAUGGCAUAAGUAACAUCCACAUGGAUGGCAGGACCCAAGGUUUCCCAGCAGAGCAUUACCCAAAGCAUCACACUGCCUCUGCUGGCUUGUCUUCUUCCCAUAAUGCAUCCUGGUGCCAGGUGUUCCACAGGUAAGUACAAACACCCAUCCAUCCACAUGAUGUAAAAGAAACAGUCAUCCAUCAGACCAGGCCACCUUCGAUUGCUCCACGGUCCAAUUAUGAUGCUCACAUGCAUCAUAAUUGGACGGAGAUCAGCAUGGGAACCCUGACUGGUCUGCAGCUAACUAAUUUACAUCCUUAUAUUAUGCCUCAUUGGUGUAUAUGACAUUGAGAAGGGGCAUGUGAGAAGUUAAAACAGUGACCUGAUGGCUCUGUUAUACUCUGGGAAGCAGUUUGCUGACAUGCUUUGGGUCCAUUUCUCAGUUAUUCAGUGGCUAAUUAUCCAGUGUCAGUGGUCUCUUUGAGGAUGACAAUGCUUCCAUUAAAAGGACACGAGGAGUCGCUGCAUGACUUAAUGAGCAUUAAAGUUAUGUAAAUUAUUUCUUAUGGCCUUCAAAAUUACCAGAUGUCAACCCAAAAUUGGACACCUGUGGCAGAUUUUAGACUGAUGUGUCAGAUGACGUUCUCAUCCAAACACCAAAUGAGGAAAUAUCUUUUGCAAGAGCGGUGUUUAAUCCCUCCAGUUGAGAGUCGGUGCCAAGGCUCAUUGAAGUUAUCCUGGCAGGAUGUGGUGGCUCAGCACCUACUAAGACACUUUGUUGUUUUUUCCCUGUAAUUUAUCAUCCAUUUGUAUUAGGGCCCUGUGUGGAAAGAUUGAUGAUGUCAUUUUUUAGGAAGGCAGUUUCUAGAAAGUGUAUUUCCCCAAGUAUCGCACAGUGGAUAUUUGUGCAGAUGCCCCACUGUUUCUGCAAUGAUUGUGCAAAAAACGAUCCUAAAAAGUACAGUUCUUUUUCUUUGGAGCAAAGUGAGCCUAGUAAUCAUGAUGGUUUCAUUAACACCCUGUAGUCUGCACUCACACAGUACAUCAAGCAUCAGGGGGAAGUAGCAGCACUUGUUCCUGCAGCUCUGUUGUGUUUACAGUUAAACUUGAUUGCAGAACUCAUUGCAGCCUCAUAUUCACUUCCUUUGUUAAUCCCUUUGCUGUAGCAACUCUUUUUUUGGAGGCAAGGGUGAGGGCAGGGGGAAUUUCACUUCUGCUUUGCUUCACCCCCUACAUCAUUCACCAAGGCGCUUAUAAGGAGCCACCAUAUCCUGCUAAAACAAACAGCAUUGAGGAGCAAGAAACAAACGCUUUUGUCUUUGAGUUAUAUUUAGUUACAGUCUGCCUUCACCCAAACACCAUCUCACACAAGGCUUGCUUGCCCUCAGAUUGAAUUAGAUCAAAUAUGACCAUGUUGUCAUCUACCAGAAACCAGCGGCACUUCUCCCCCCCAUCCCUUUGCAAAUUGGCGGGUUGACUGUGCUGACAGUCAACCCGCACACACGAACCACCUAAUUCUGCCAUGCUUUCCAAUUAGUCACUGCCAUGAUGGUGACGUCUAGGACGUAUCAUUUGCGAGCAUAAAUAUUCAUGCAUUUCCAUUUCUUCAAGAACAGAUUCUGUUCAUGAUAUUUGUCACACUGCUGCUGCUGCUGCUGCUGCACCUCGGGCUUCUGUAAUGCUCAUGCUUUCCUAGCUCCCCCUUCACUGAUGUUCUGAUUCCUACAAGCCCUGCAGGCCAUGGCUCCUCAGAGAGCAGUGCGGUCCAGAAGACAGGAAACAGCUUGAGAGAAGCACAGCAGUCAAGGCUGUGGGAGGACAGAGGAUAGGGUGGGGAAAAAGGGGAUUUCCUCAUACAAUGCUUGGACUUUUAUCAAAAGUGUGGAAUCCUUAUCUGCCGUGCACUCUAUGAGUGAGUGAUAAAAUCUGGGUCGCUCCCCUUGCCAUUGGUGUGUAUAUUGCUUUAGGGUUCUGUGAUUUACAGUUUUGCUAUCUAUCAAUCUAUCUGUUAACUUUAUGUAGAUUAAUUCACCCCCACCCCCUGCCACUACUACCGCCACAUCCGUUAAACAGCCAUGAUGGAGUCAUUUUAUUGUUGCCAAACUUUCCAGCAUGCAGUUAUUAUAUGCAAAUAUCUCAACAGACUCUCCUUUUGCAUCUCUAUCAAACAUACUGUUUGUCUUAAAGGCUACACGCCCACGGGGCUUCAUUAUAGCGGUGAUUAAAUCACGAUUAAUUAUUAAGAGGCUCUGAGAUGUUUUUGAAGAGGUGGGGGGUGUCUAUGCUCGCUGUGUCUUUAAAGUCGUGCAGAGGGGAGCCCGUACUAAAGAAAGGAGGGGGCUGCUGUGCGCCAGUUGGAGGUAUCUGCCUGUCGCAGCGCUUGCUGUUGACAUUAAGAAGAGCGUGUCGGUGGUCCAGCGGGGAGGUACAGAGCGAUCGGAAGACACUGAUACUAAAGACUGAAGCAGGUCCAGGCAAAUAUUCAGCAGACCCGUGAUACAUGGAUGGACAGAGAAGCACUGCAAUCGGGAUUAAGUUGUCAGCCGGCGCGAGAAAUUUCUGGAUAUAAUGGGAAAUUCAACACCUAAACCUUUGAUAGUAGAUACAACUCUGCAACCCCGCCCGGUGGCUACUCGGCAGUAUUACACCCUGCCUAACAAUGGGGCAGCUGUUGAGAGAAGAACGUCUGCUCCCCCAGUCAGUAUCAACAUGGAGUCACCUCGCUUUCACCCACAUGCUAAAGGCAAGAACAUCAGGCUGGAUGGGCAGCUUCGGCGUGCCACCCGUAAGAACAGUUUCUGCAACGGCAUCACUUUCAGCCAUCGGCCUGUGCACCUUUAUGAAAAGGUGCGUCUUCGCUUGACUGGUGUGCACACUGGAUGGAGUGGAGCUUUACGUUUUGGUUUUACUAGCUUGGAUCCCAGUGAAUUAGCUGCUGCUGAUAUCCCCAAGUAUGCUUGCCCAGACCUGGUGACUCGGCCCGGUUACUGGGCCAAGGCUCUGCCCGAGAGACUGGCCCUGAAGGACAACAUUUUGGCUUUCUGGGCUGAUCGCCAUGGAAGAGUUUUCUAUAGCAUCAACGAAGGCGAGCCCAUCCUCUUUCACUGUGGACUCAGCAUCGGCUGUCCACUGUGGGCCAUCAUAGAUAUCUACGGCAUCACUCAGGAGGUCACACUGCUUGACAGCACGUUUGCUGAGAGUGUGGGAUCCAGCUGCCUGAGUGCGGCCCGUCUGAGUGCCUAUCUCCCCCAGAGUAGCCACGACUCAGCCAAUUACAGCAACAAUCAGUUGGAAAACAACCAGGCGGCUGCUGCCAAGAUGGCCAACCUCCAGCUCAAUAACUACACUCAGCUCAUCCCCUGCUGCUCCUCCACCUCUUCCUCCUCCACAUCAUCCUCAUCUGCUUCCACUGGAUUCAUUGUCCCAAGGGUGGUCCGGGGUCUCUCUUCUCCUCUGGACAAUGAUUUGCACUUUCACCUCAUCCGUGGCUCUGAUGUAAUACUCUCUGCAGACCGUUCAGCUGCUUGCAUUCAUUUUCUGGACAGCAGUCGGACUCUGGUGUUCACUGACAGGCCCUUUCACGUGGGUGAGACUUUGUACGUGGAGGUUGGCCACCUGGGCCUGCCAUACUUUGGGGCGUUGUCAUUUGGUUUAACAUCCUGCGACCCAGCUAGUCUAGAUGCUGGGGACCUUCCAGCAGACCCUGAAGUUCUUCUGGACCGCAAAGAGUAUUGGGUGGUGCACCGGGUCUUCCCGAUGCCUUGCUCUGGAGACGUGCUCAGCUUCAGUCUGCUGCCCAGUGGAGAGGUGCACCACGGGGUGAACGGAGUGGGACGUGGCAGGCUGAUCUGUGUGGACUCCUCUCAGGUCCUGUGGGCCUUUUUCACCCUGCAUGGGGCUGUUAACAGACUCAGGAUACUUGGAACAUUGCAGUCCAGUCCUCCUUCUACAUCCCCCACCACUUCACAGAGCAGCAGCCCAGAUGACAGUGACUCAGACCUGGCAUUCAGUGUCAACAGAUCCUCCUCUGCCUCUGAAUCCUCUCUGGUGACUGCUCCCAGCUCGCCUCUCAGUCCUCCCACCUCUCCGGCUCUCACUGCCUCAGAACUGCCCUCUGCAGGAAAAAACGGAGAAUGCACCGUUUGCUUUGACCAAGAGGUCGACACAGUUAUCUACACCUGCGGACACAUGUGCCUGUGCAACGACUGCGGGCUCAAGUUGAAAAGACAGAUUAAUGCCUGCUGUCCGAUAUGCCGGAGGCCUAUCAAAGAUGUUAUCAAAACAUAUCGGCCGUGAUGGCUCAAAAGUUCAAACAGGUGAGGUGACUUCCGCUGUGGGAUACCACCUGUUGCUCCUUCUCAGGCUUUGCUGUACACGUGUACAUGGAUCUUGAUCCCAACUGGAGAUUAGCCACACUAGGACAUAACUGUGCCUAUCAGAUUUUAUACCUUGAGACAGACUGAACUGUGUUGAGGCUCAUUUUUAAUACACAGUAUCCAUACAUGAGCACCGGGUUCUGGCUAUGAAAGAAGAGAUGAAACCCGUGCUCCCGUUUUGUAUUUCCCAUGUGAUGUUACAUCUAUUCGUUGAGCAGAAAAAGCCUCUCCUGAAUAUCUCGUUUGUCAUCGUCAUCGUCCUAGAAUUAUGUGUGCUUUAGCAGAAUAUGCGGACCAUCAUCUAUGACUUCUAGUGCCUUAGAUUUUUGUCACAUAAUGUGUCCAAGUAAUUAUACUAACAAUCCUAGCCAUAUUUCCAAUGUACAGUACUAAAAGUUUGUGGUGGGAAAGGGCACAGAAUUUAUGCAAUAAAAGUUGUAGUAGUAGGUAGAAAGAAGGUUCUAGUAUAUAUGAGUGUGUUGGAUUUGAAUGUUUGAAAAGUGUAAUAGAAAGGACCCGGCUUUGCACAACGUGAGAUUAAUAAAAUGAUUUAAGUGUG